AAAUCAAUAAAAAUUUCCUGAGCAGCGCUCUCGGUCUGCGACGGUUGUCUCGCGCCAGCCUUUUCCAUCGUCCUAGGUAGUUUUCUACCCAGCAAUUACCACCUUUUCAAAAUGGCCAAUAAGGCGCCAUUUAAGACGACAUUCGAGGUGGGCGAAGUGAUUCGACCCAUCUUCACCGGUGGCGCUGUCGCAUUGGAGAAUGGCGCGCGAGUCCUGGCGACAACGCUCGGGGAGGAUGCGAUCCUGACUGACCUGAAGACCGGAAAACAUAUUACCACUGUCGAAGGGGAUGGUGAAUUGAUAUCUACUUUAACCUUGACGCCUUCGGGAUCCCACCUCAUUAUAUGCUCGCGCUCGCUGUCUAUGCGGAUCUACUCGCUGAAGAAGUCAGAGGACGUGAUAGAGACACAAUUGGUCCGAACGCUAAAGCCUCAUACCACCCCCGUCGCCGUCCUGGCCGUUGACCGAACUAGCACACUUCUCGCGACCGGAGGAACGGACGGAUCUAUCAAAGUCUGGGAUAUCAACGGCGGCUACGUUACGCAUACCUUCAGAGGACCGAGCGUGCUUGUAUCAGCUCUCCAUUUUUUCGAAGUUGCCGCCAGUUCGAGGAAGGAACCAGACAAUGAAGGCUCCAAGGAAAAGAGAAAGAGGAGGAAGUCAAAGGGGGCGGUCGAUGAUAGCGAAGAAGAAGAAACGCCCGCUACGGCGAGGUUCCGGCUCGCAUCCGGAAGCCAAGACGGGAAAAUCCGCGUGUGGGAUCUGCAUAAGAGGAGUGUCACAGCAAAUCUCGACUCUCACGUCUCCGACGUUCAAGGCUUGGACUACUCUCCCGCUCAGAACGUGCUGGUUACCGCCGGCAGGGAUAAGACGAUCAGAUGGUGGGAUGCGAAGUCGUGGAAAGUGCGUAGGGUCGUUCCCUGCUCAGAACUCGUUGAGGCUGUCGGUUUCAUCGGGGAUGGCCAGCUCACCUACACGGCUGGGUCCAACGGGUGCUUACGCAUAUGGAACACCAAGACCGGUCGGGAACAGACGGCAGAGCAAGCACCGAAACCUGAGAUCGAAGCUUUUGUUAGUGCCGUCUACAGGCCAGAGCUACCGUUCGUUAUUUGUAUCCUGGCCGACCAGACUUUAUCUUUGUACGAGUUCCCCGUCGAUACGCACCAGUCGUCUCUCAUCCCGCCUCUCGAACCAUUCCGUCGAAUUUCGGGAACCCACGACGACAUCAUAGACUUGCGGUAUCUCCUCCCCGACCAUUCAGCGAUGGCGUUGGCCACAAAUUCCGAGGACAUCCGGAUAGUCUCCGUAACGGAACCAAAAAGCGGCACGGGAGCCAUCGUUUCUUCCGAGUACUUUGGCCAGGAUAUCGCCCUCCUUAAGGGCCAUGACGACAUCAUAAUAUCUCUCGAUGUCGAUUGGUCCGGUCACUGGGUAGCUACGGGAGCGAAAGACAAUACCGCAAAGCUGUGGCGGGUGGAUCCGGCCAACAGCUCUUAUACGUGUUGGGUAACCUUUCCGGGACACGCGGAGUCCGUGGGCGCAGUUGCUCUGCCGCGGGACCGGCCCACAGAAGGUUCCAAGGCAUACACAGAUCCGUUGAGCCAUCCGCCUUCGUUUUUAGUUACGGGAUCCUCGGAUCAGACUAUCAAGAGAUGGGAAAUACCUCGGGAACCUCAGCGCGACGCGAAGGCUCCUAUCAGAGCCAUCUAUACACGAAAGGCGCACGACAAGGAUAUCAACGCUAUCGACGUCAAUCACUCGUCGCGCCUAUUCGCUUCGGCUUCCCAGGACAAAACCGUCAAGAUCUGGGCGAUAGAAGAAGGAGAAGUCCAAGGCAUUCUCAAAGGUCAUAGACGAGGCGUCUGGUCUGUCAGCUUCGCUCCCCCCAGCACACCCGUGCUCCAGGGCGAGCAAGGGUCAGUUGCUGGCAAGGGUGUCAUUCUGACGGGAAGUGGUGACAAAACUGUCAAAUUAUGGAAUCUGGUCGAUUACACGUGUCUGAGGACAUUUGAGGGGCAUUCGAAUUCUGUUCUCAAAGUAGUAUGGCUUAAUAUCCCGGCUAACGAAGAACGGGGAAAGAAAUCUAUCCUCUGUGCUAGCGCCGGAGGUGACGGCCUGGUCAAAGUGUGGGAUGUUAAUUCUGGGGAGAACGAGUGUACGUUGGAUAACCACGAGGACCGGGUCUGGGCCCUCGCAGUGCACCCUGAGACGAAUAUGAUAGUAUCGGGUAGCGGCGACUCGACCGUGACGUUCUGGAGGGACACCUCGAGCGAGACCCAGACCGCGCUGAACGAGGCGGCGCUGAAGCGCAUCGAGCAAGAGCAAAAGCUGGAGAACUACGAAUAUGUCGGGGCGUACCGGGAAGCCAUCACGAUGGCGCUGCAGCUCAACCACCCCCGCAAACUGCAGAGCCUCUUCGAGCGGGUGGUCAACGCGAAGACGCCCGACCCGGGCAGCCUCUCGGGGCUGAAGACGGUCGACGAGGUGCUAGGCUCCCUGUCCGACGAGCAGCUCUUCCUGCUGCUCCUGCGGCUGCGGGACUGGAACACUAACGCUAGGACCGCGCCCGUGGCCCAGCGCAUCCUGUGGACCCUGGUCAAGAGCUAUCCGGCGUCGCGCCUGUCGAGCCUCUCCGUCAAGGGAGCGCAGGGCCGCAAGAGCCUGAAGAAGGUCCUGAACGCGCUCCGCGUCUACACCGAGAGGCACUACAAGCGCAUGGAGGAUCUCAUCGAGGAGAGCUACCUGGUGGAAUAUACCCUGCAGGAGAUGGAAGGCAUCGCGCCCGGCUUGAGUAGUAUGAAGCUUGCAGAGCAGGCGGACGCGGAUGUCAUCAUGACGUCUUGAGGUACGAACGAUAUGUUAGGUGGUUUGCAAAUAAUGACACCCGCGCGGCGCCCCGGAUCGCAUAUAUGUAUAUAAAGGUUGGCGGCUCAGGGGAACCCGUUGUAUAGACGGUAUCUAUACAUGGUGGCCGGGAAGACCGGCCUCAAAGGGUUAACAGAAGGAUAUAAGUAAAAAUCAAAUUUAGUGACUAAAGGGUUUGUCUAAG